CUCUGACUUCGACGGGAAUUGGAAACUUUUUUAUUUUUUGAUGUUUUCGAAAGUUGAUGCGCGCUAACAAUAGUCAUUGCUUUCAUUCAUGUGUCAACCUAGCGGCUUAACCAUUUUUAUCCUCACUAUCUCUUCGGACAGAGCAGCUACGAAAGUGAAAGUUUUACUAUAAGGAAUUGUGAAUCUUAAUUUCGGAAAGGAAACUAUAAGAAAACCUUAAGAACAUGGUGAAAAGUAAGCUUGCCAGCCUUUUCUUCAAUGUAGUCCUUGGACUGAGAUAACCUCAACGAAAACACGCUACUGGGCCAUUCUAACUUAACGACUGUUUAUUUUCCGACUAGUUUUGAAGCUCGAAAUGAAAUACUUUGACCCAGACAAUGGAGCGUGGCAAGAAAUGUUGCCAGAAGAGAACCGUGCUAAGCAACAACAAGAUCUGGACGCUAUAUCCAUGUCUUCAGCAUCCAUGGUGGGAGAAAAUACUCACAGAGGUCUUUAUCGGACGAAGAGUACGUCUAGUCGAUAUUCCCUAAAAAGCAAUGGCACGGACGGAGGGGCUGGAUCUGGAAUUGUACGCCUAACAAAGGGCAUACCGGGAAGACAUCGAAAACGAGUCAUCUUGAAAAACGGAACAGUCAAUUUGUCCAAAGAACAUGUUAGUAAAAGGAGCCAGAGAUAUUUACAAGAUAUUUUCACAACCCUCGUUGACAUACAAUGGCGGUACAAUCUUCUGGUUUUCGCCUUAGGCUUUUUACUUAGUUGGCUCAUUUUCGCCCUCAUAUGGUGGCUAAUUUGCUUGGCACAUGGUGACUAUGAACACAUAGGGGACGAAAAUUGGAAUCCUUGCGUUACAGAAGUUCACUCAUUUUCGACUGCUUUUCUCUUUUCCGUGGAAACGCAGCACACCAUCGGCUACGGUUCCAGAUACAUCGCCGACGAAUGUCCAGAAGCAGUAUUCAUUCUUUGUGCUCAAUCCAUCACCGGCGUCAUGAUUCAGUGCUUCAUGGCCGGAAUAGUUUUCGCCAAGCUGUCCAGACCCAAGAAAAGGUCUCAGACUCUCAUGUUCAGCCGCUACGCUUGUGUUUGCCUCCGAGAUGGGAAGUUAUGCUUUAUGUUCAGAGUUGGAGACAUGAGAAAAUCGCAUAUCAUUGGGGCGAAGAUAAGCGCCCUAGUCAUCCGCAGGAAAACCACCGCUGAAGGAGAGGUUAUCCCGUAUUACCACACGAAACUAGACGUCCGCUUCGAUAAUGGUGGAGAUGACGUAUUCCUCAUCUGGCCAGCAACUAUUGUGCAUGAGAUUAAUGAGACGAGUCCUUUCUUUCUGAAAUCCGCUGAAGAUAUGCUCAGAGAGAGAUAUGAAGUGGUGGCCAUUCUCGAAGGGACGAUCGAGUCCACUGGGCAGUCAAUCCAAGCUCGUUCAUCCUACAUAUCUAUGGAGAUACUCUGGGGUCAUCGCUUUGAUCAGGUUGUUAGUUUUCGAAAAGAAACUGGUGAAUAUUUGGUGGAUUACAGCAAAUUCAAUGCAACCAAUGAAGUACAAACGCCACUUUGCAGUGCAAAAGACUUCAUGGACUACCAACGAAUGUUAGCUGAAGUUGCGAAAUCCCCAGCACCACUUGACAAUAGCACCACCAGUACACGUGAUUCCUACCAGCGCAGCAAUUCGUCACCGGAAGGAAGGUCUACUGGAUCUAAGGGAAUAGAAGCUACAUUGGAAACGCCACUUUUACCACCAUCAAUGCAAAUGAGCUCAGAUUGCUGACACAGAAAUAUUUUUUGUAUCACGAAGAAAUUAUUUUGACAAUCAAAGAAAAUCUUUUCAAUAAAAACUUUUACUUUUAAACCUUUUCAUCAAGUUCAAGAAACAAUAUGAGAUGAACAUAUUAUUUUGGAUGGUGAUUGUUAUUACUCCGUAGCAUAGAAAAUGCCACAAAUUUAAAAACAUUUAAUUUCCUCAGCUGUUUGUUUUUGUAAAUAAUUAUUUUAUUGCUAUGUUUUUUGCAUAUUGCUAGUGCAUAUUAUAAUAUCUAGCAUUGUUUUUUCAGUUCAACGUAUUUUUUUAGCCCACCGCCCCAUACUAAUGAAGUUUGGGGGAAGGGGUUGAGCACUCUCUUUCAAUUGAAAUAGGAAGCUAAAAUUCUUCCAGUAUAUUGCUAUCCACAAGUUAAAAAAUAUUGCGGGGUGUUUUGUUAUCUAGGAGGAACUUUUUUUUUUACAUGUAUU